UGUAGACCAUCGUGGACCAAUUUUGGGUGGUAAUCGGCAACGACAAUCUGAAUCACCUCCAGGACAUAAGAAUUGGAAAGAUACUGACGGAUAUGAUGAUGAUGAUCUACGUGAAGGACCACAGACUACUGAAGUGUCAGGGCAAACAAAUACAAAGAAACCACAGCCUAUUGGACCUGGAGUUAAAAAGAAGGCAUUCUCAAAAAAAAUGAAUUAG